GCGGCGGUGGCGGCGGCUGUGGUAGUGUCGGCGGCAGGCUGUCCGGGAAGCAGUAGCAGCAACGGCAGCAGCAGCGGCGGCCCUGAGGAGAGUAAGGCGGCCGCGUCGGCAGCCGCACGCUCGUCAGGCGGAACCUCGAACUGCCCUGAGGUCGCAGGCGCCGAGGCAUUUGUCGUUUCCUACCCGGCUCGGCGCUCCCGGCCCUGGCUGGGCAGGGCAGAGUGCCCCUGGGGAGGGGCGGAGCUGUAGAUAUGGCAUAAGAUAUGUCUUCAAGAUUGGACAACUGGUGGUCUGUUACUUCUGAUAGCCUGAAGCUGACUUUAUAGCCAUUGAGAAACCUCACGGAAUUGCAUUGUCGUUUUCUGGUUUAUAGCAUUUCUGACGCCUAAGUUCACCCUGCAACCAUGUAUGGAAGUGCUCGGUCAGUAGGGAAAGUGGAACCAAGCAGCCAGAGUCCUGGGCGAUCACCUCGGCUCCCUCGGUCCCCUCGCUUAGGUCAUCGGCGAACAAAUAGUACAGGCGGGAGUUCUGGAAACAGUGUUGGAGGUGGCAGUGGGAAAACGCUUUCAAUGGAGAAUAUACAGUCCUUAAAUGCUGCCUAUGCUACAUCUGGCCCUAUGUACCUAAGUGACCAUGAGAAUGUGGGUGCAGAAACACCCAAAAGCACCAUGACGCUUGGCCGCUCUGGGGGACGCCUGCCUUAUGGUGUUAGGAUGACUGCUAUGGGCAGUAGCCCCAACAUAGCAAGCAGUGGGGUUGCUAGUGAUACCAUAGCGUUUGGAGAACAUCACCUCCCUCCUGUUAGUAUGGCAUCCACUGUACCUCACUCUCUUCGUCAGGCGAGAGAUAACACCAUCAUGGAUCUGCAGACACAGCUGAAGGAAGUGCUAAGAGAAAAUGAUCUCUUGAGGAAAGAUGUGGAAGUAAAGGAGAGCAAAUUAAGUUCUUCAAUGAAUAGUAUCAAGACCUUCUGGAGCCCAGAGCUGAAGAAAGAGCGGGCCUUGAGGAAGGAUGAAGCUUCCAAAAUCACCAUCUGGAAGGAGCAGUGCCGAGUUGUGCAGGAGGAAAACCAGCACAUGCAGAUGACAAUCCAGGCUCUUCAGGAUGAGCUGCGGAUUCAGAGAGACUUGAAUCAGCUGUUUCAGCAAGAUAGCAGCAGUAGGACUGGGGAGCCUUGUGUGGCGGAGCUCACAGAGGAGAACUUCCAGAGGCUGCAUGCUGAGCACGAGAGGCAAGCCAAAGAGCUGUUUCUUCUGCGGAAGACCCUGGAGGAAAUGGAGCUGAGGAUUGAGACUCAGAAGCAAACCCUCAAUGCUCGGGAUGAGUCCAUUAAGAAGCUCCUGGAGAUGCUACAGAGCAAAGGACUUUCUGCCAAAGCUACAGAGGAAGACCAUGAGAGGACGAGACGGCUGGCAGAGGCAGAGAUGCAUGUCCACCACCUAGAGAGUCUUUUGGAGCAGAAGGAAAAAGAGAAUAAUAUGUUGAGAGAGGAGAUGCACCGGAGAUUUGAAAAUGCCCCUGAUUCUGCCAAGACAAAAGCCUUGCAGACUGUUAUCGAAAUGAAGGAUUCAAAAAUUUCUUCCAUGGAGCGUGGGCUCCGAGAUCUGGAAGAGGAAAUUCAGAUGCUAAAAUCAAAUGGGGCUUUGAGCACUGAAGAGCGGGAGGAGGAGAUGAAACAAAUGGAGGUGUACAGGAGCCACUCCAAAUUUAUGAAAAAUAAGAUUGGCCAGGUGAAACAGGAAUUGUCCAGAAAGGACACAGAAUUGCUAGCCUUACAAACAAAGCUAGAAACUCUCACGAACCAGUUCUCAGACAGUAAGCAGCAUAUUGAGGUGCUGAAGGAGUCCCUCACUGCUAAGGAGCAAAGGGCUGCCAUCCUGCAGACUGAGGUGGAUGCUCUUCGAUUGCGUUUGGAAGAAAAGGAGACUAUGCUGAAUAAAAAAACCAAACAAAUCCAAGAUAUGGCUGAGGAGAAGGGCACACAAGCUGGAGAGAUACAUGACCUCAAGGACAUGCUGGACGUGAAAGAGCGGAAGGUCAAUGUUCUCCAGAAGAAGAUAGAAAAUCUUCAGGAACAACUAAGAGAUAAAGAAAAGCAGAUGAGCAGCUUGAAAGAGCGAGUCAAGUCUCUACAGGCAGACACCACUAACACAGACACAGCUCUGACGACUCUGGAGGAGGCUCUUGCAGAUAAAGAACGGACAAUUGAACGCUUAAAGGAGCAACGGGACAGGGAUGAGCGAGAGAAGCAGGAGGAGAUUGAUACCUACAAAAAAGACCUUAAAGACUUGAAAGAAAAAGUCAGCCUAUUGCAAGGAGACCUCUCAGAGAAGGAGGCUUCUCUCUUGGAUAUCAAAGAGCAUGCUUCUUCCCUGGCUUCCUCAGGACUGAAAAAGGACUCACGGCUCAAGACCCUAGAAAUUGCUCUUGAGCAGAAGAAGGAAGAGUGCCUAAAAAUGGAGUCACAGUUGAAAAAGGCCCAUGAAGCAACAUUGGAAGCCAGAGCCAGUCCAGAGAUGAGUGACCGAAUACAACAGUUGGAGAGAGAGAUUUCCAGAUACAAAGAUGAAUCCAGCAAGGCCCAGACAGAAGUUGACCGUCUCUUAGAAAUCUUGAAAGAGGUGGAAAAUGAGAAGAAUGACAAAGAUAAGAAGAUAGCUGAAUUGGAAAGUCUCACCUCAAGGCAAGUGAAAGACCAGAAUAAGAAGGUAGCGAAUCUGAAGCACAAGGAACAGGUGGAGAAGAAGAAGAGUGCACAGAUGCUGGAGGAGGCCCGCAGAAGGGAGGACAGUCUCAGUGACAGCUCUCAGCAACUGCAGGACAGUCUCCGUAAGAAGGAUGACAGGAUUGAAGAGCUGGAAGAAGCACUGAGAGAAAGUGUACAGAUAACUGCAGAGCGUGAAAUGGUGCUGGCACAAGAGGAAUCAGCCAGGACCAAUGCUGAGAAACAGGUGGAAGAGCUAUUGAUGGCCAUGGAGAAGGUGAAGCAGGAACUAGAGUCCAUGAAAGCUAAGCUGUCCUCCACUCAGCAGUCUCUGGCUGAGAAGGAGACGCAUCUAACCAACCUCCGGGCAGAGAGAAGGAAACACUUGGAGGAAGUUCUGGAGAUGAAGCAAGAAGCUCUUCUGGCUGCUAUUAGCGAAAAGGAUGCUAACAUAGCUCUUCUAGAGCUUUCCUCCUCAAAGAAAAAAACCCAAGAAGAAGUGGCUGCACUGAAACGGGAAAAGGACCGCCUGGUGCAGCAGCUCAAACAGCAGACACAAAAUCGAAUGAAACUAAUGGCUGACAACUAUGAGGAUGACCACUUCAGAUCCUCCCGCUCCAAUCAGACGAACCAUAAACCCUCCCCAGACCAGAUCAUCCAGCCCCUCUUAGAACUUGACCAAAAUAGAAGCAAGUUAAAGUUGUAUAUUGGACACCUGACAGCCCUCUGCCAUGACCGAGACCCCGUAAUCCUCCGUGGACUCACUCCACCAGCUUCUUAUAAUGCAGAUGGUGAGCAGGCAGCUUGGGAGAAUGAGCUGCAGAAGAUGACUCAGGAGCAGCUUCAGAACGAGUUGGAGAAAGUUGAAGGGGAUAACGCCGAGCUGCAGGAGUUCGCCAACACCAUUCUCCAGCAGAUAGCCGAUCACUGCCCUGACAUCCUCGAACAAGUGGUGAAUGCCCUGGAAGAGUCCUCCUGACGGGCUCCUGACAAGGAAGGUGACCAAGGACCCAGAGAGGAGGACCCACCUGAGGAAUGGGUGUCCGAGCCGCCUCCACACCAGACCUGCCAGCUGGACGUGCUAGUCCAGCCGUCGGUGUCCACCAUCGUCCUCUGCCUUCCGCUUUGAAUGUUGCCUGCUCCAGUCUUCCUGAUCUCCAUGAAGAACUGCCCUUGGCAUCAGCAGUGCAGGGCUGGGAGCUACACUCUGCCCUUCCAGGAACAGGAAGCCAGAAGCCACUCAGCUCAGCUGGAGCCCACUCCGAUUCUGUGCUUUAGGAGCUUGGAGCUGGAAUCAUUAGCAUGAGUGCUUUCUCCUCGGAGGGUAGAGAAGAAGGGAGGAGGUGAGCAGGGACAAAGAGAAGAGAGAAUUCCUCUCUGUGCUGCUCUGCCCUCCUGUUUACCAUCAUGAGCCCCAGGUACAGGCUGGCUUCGUGCAUCUUAGCUCUCAGCCUGUUGCCUGUCUCACCUGCACUGCGUUUAGUUGGCAGGAGGAGGACGUUCACAGUGCUCACCCUGCUCACUCCUCUGUAAGUCCGGUGACCUUCCCAUGCUACACUGUUAGGUUAAGUGUCUGACUGAAGAGAGAAGGGCCCUGUUGUCACUGCUUACAGUUCUACUCCUUAGAAGAUAUCUUGGAGGGCCAGGCUGAUCCUCCUGAGCAUCACCCACAAUCCUCUCUGCUCCCAGCACCUUGCCCCAAGCUGCUGUAGACCAGGGGUUGCUAGAGUAUGUGAUACACUGCCCACCUUCUCAGCUUUACUCUCAAGGUACAUCCUCAGAGCCACAGCCUCAUACCUGCCUAGAAACUUCUUUUGGCACAACUGAGUUUGUCUUAAUUCACAAGCAUUCUCUCCUCCAUUCAUUCAUUCAAAAAAUGUUAUGGAAUGUCUACUGUGUACACAUCUGUGUGCACAGUGCCCAUCCUUGGAAAAGCCUCGGAUAGGAAUGGUGUGGAAGUCCUGUGAGAUGUGCUUAGUUGAAUCAUGGCAGUGAACGCAUACCUUCUCCCUUCUGUCUUCCCAGACCAGCAUUCUUUGUUCUCCACUCUCAUGGUAUCUGGGACUUGGGUGAGCCACCGCUUUGCCAGGAAGGUCCCAUUAGUAGAUCAGGGUCUUUGCUGUCAGUGUUAUUACCCUGAAACAUGUUCUGUUUAAGGGUCUAUACUUGUUCAUUUGUGUCAGCUGACUGCUUAACACAGCCGUGCACACCUCAUGGGCGUGGCCAGCGCCAUGCUGAAAUCGGAUGCAGAUCCAGUUGAAUGUCUAGGCAUUUUGCAGGACCCUUCCCCCCAGGUGUAGAGGACAGCUAUCAGACAUAAUCAGGCACUAAGAGGGUGCAGUUCAUGUCUAGUUCUUCAUCCCUGAAACAGACAGAUGCCUCUCCGCCUGCAUUUCUCCCUCUGCCCCGUUACACUCUCAAAGGAAUUUAACACUGCCCACAGAUCUCUCACACCCUCAACCUAGGACAUCGUGCAGCCACUGCUGUCACAGUCACAGCCCUGGCCCCACUUCUUCCCUGCCAUAAAGUGUUCCUUUGUGUGGGAUGCUGGAGAGUUCCUCGUGAGGGUUUAGGUAGACUCUGCCAUGAACCUCUCAUGGAGGUGCUUUUGGAGGUCCCAGCCUGGCCACCAGGAAUAUGGAAAUUAGGCCAAAAAUGAUAAUCAUUGCUGCUCAGUUCUCUCAGCUUUUUUAUUGUCCCAUCCAUAAAUCCUGUAGAAGACCCCAGUAUUUCAGGAUAGGAAGGUUAGAAUCUUAUUUUAUUCUCACAACAUAAGGAACCACUACUUAGUAACAGCUUCGCAGGCUACAGUGGAAAUCAGAAAACUUAGCAGAGUCCAGGCCCAUAGGAGUAGCCUAGCACUGCCGCUGGCCAGCUGCUGCUCCAGCUCUGUGAGGGACUACCACAGGCAGGCCUCCGUACUUGUCCCCAUUUGGUAUUUAUUGGCAGAAGUACCUUCUGCCACCUUUACUAACUGGACAUAUGACCCACUCCACCACUUCCUUCUCCAUCAGGGUCCUCCAGAGAGGUUGCAGGAACCCUGCAGGACACAUGCUUAUUGAAAACACAAGUUUGUAAGGCAGACCUUGUCUGAUCUCUGCACUAUAGCAAAGGGUUCUCCUCCUCAGGUGGUGAUCCAGCAACUCAAAUGGUGCUGGAGACUGUGGAGCUAAAGUUGAACCAUAAAUGUAGUCUUUGUGUUGGGCAAAGUUAAUAGAGUAUCUGGCAUUCGGAUCCUACUGACUACCAUUCAUUAAGCCAAUAUUUACCUAAAUGCAUAACUGCCAUUGCACUGGGACAUGUCGUUCCAUGACUGUCUUCAUGCACGUAUGUUCCUUAAGGUCUGGCCCUGAGAGUUCGCUACAGGUUGGCUAGGAUCAUCCCCAUCUCUUCAUUCCAUCGUCAAGCCUCAUAGCCUUCACACCCGAAGUGAAGGUGGCCUCCCUCCAGGUCUUUGAAGAAGGGUCAAAGCAAGGCUAUGUCUCUAUGUAGGGUGUGACACCCACAGGCCUAAGUCCCAGCAGAUCCUGUGUCAGGAGUAUCUAUCCCAAGUGACAUCAUGAAGAUGACAGUAAGAAAAGAGGGCUGGAAGCCAACCUGGGGCUCCCAGCUCUACAUGCCUUAGUAAACUGUCCCCAGCCUUCACUGAGUCACUGGUGGCACAUCUGACUAGGAUUAGCAAGUACUUAAAGACAAUUUAAGAUGGAGAAGUCAGAGUGGGCUUUAGCAACUCAGAAAUGUGGAGGGGCUCCUCCAGUCCCUGCCAGCCUUUAUUCUCACACUUGAGAAGGCCUGAGUGUACCUCUUCCUCACCAGUGGGCUUUAGAAGCCCCAGGAGAGCAAACUGAAGAAGACCACCAACAGUGUUGAAGGUCACGCUGUGGCUGGCCGUGUCCUGUGUUUGGCCUCCUGGGAAGAAUGUGUUGGCUCAAUUUUUUUUUUUUCAGGAGAGAUGGUUAGCCCAGAUGGUUCUCACGUGCUACUGUCUUCCCCUCCAUUGUUGACACUGGGACUGGCUUGGCAUCACACCCUCCUAUGUGACUGAAGCACAGACUCACUGGCCUCCCUCCAGGUCUUUGAAGAAGAGUCAAAGCAAGGAUAUGUCGCUCCGUAGGAUGUGACAUCCACAGGCCUAAGUCCCACCAGACCCUGUGUCAGCAGUAUCAGUAACUCUCAAGUCUGCCUCACCUCCUGCCAGCAGAGUCCAGAGCCAUGGAAAAGAAGCCAGAGGGAUGAGGCUGCACCACGGGCCUGUCGGGUUCCUGCCGUCACUGCCAGUCUCAAAGAUUCUGACUGUUCAAAGACAUGUUCCUUCCUGUGAACCCAGAGGACGUUCAGGGAAAAAGAAAACAUGUUUUACCUGGGGACCCUUCUGAACAAAAUGGCUGUCUGUACUCUUUUUAAACAGAAACUUUCCAAACUUUUUAGUGUCAAAACUGUAACCAAGUGUCUCCUGAUUCUUCCCUAUGUGUUUGGCAAGUGCUGUGACCCUGUUGUAGGUACUUCUCCUCCUGCCUCUACUGUGGGAGAAGGGAUUUUAGGGGUUGAUUGGAGGAGCUGGUAUCUGUCCUGCUCCUGCCACCUCUCUUGUUUCUCUGCUUGUUAUAUUGUUUGUGUGAUUCAGAGAACGGGGCAGUUACAUUGUGUCCAUUGUUGAGAAUAUUAAAAUAUUAAAAAAGUAGUUAUAGAACUAAAAAAUUAAAGAGCUGUGUUUUAAAAGAUGCAAACCCAUCAAUAUCAUGUUAACAAAGGAAUUCAAGCUAUGGGCAGCCUAGCUCCUCCCCCUCCAGGUCAGUGUGGUGGUAGCCAGGCCAGCCCUUGGGUGACACACUGACCACACCUGAGUUAGGUGACUGCCUGGGAACAAGACACCUGCUCAGUGGAGAAAUGAGAAUCUGGGGCUCAGAGACUCUCAGUUGUGUCAGGGUUUUCUCUACAUCCUCAGGACCUCUGGGUAGGGGUUUCAAAGUUAGUGACCCUAGAACCACCCUCUCACCCUGACAUUGGAUCAAGCCUUGUGUGCCUAGUGCUAUGUUGUAACAUGGGCUUGGGCCCCUGCUUGCAAGGCCACAGGACCUCUUCCUGCCCACUUGGUGCUAUCUCAUCAUAACCAUCUAAUGGGGCAGCCUGGUCUCCUGGAGCCUGUGGGCCAGGUGCCAUGGAUGGCCCUCAGAGCUUAGCUCUCUCUGGCUCCUGAUCCUAUUUUUUUUUCCUUUGAAGCUUUUUAGACACAAACUCCCUUGGCUCCAGAGAUGUCAGAGUCAGGGAAGGAAAUGAGCCAGGCUGAGGCGAGGCCAUCCACCGCUAUGCCACAGUAAGCACACCAGCCCAGCUCCUUUCCCACCACACCAGUAUUACACCCAUCCUUUAAAGCAUCUAGUCCCACCUGAGGCACAUGCCAUCCAUUGGCCCAGCUGCCCAGUGCAGACUAGAAACCCAGGACAGGGACGGGGACGUUUCUCUGCACCCCUACUUCAGAAGAGGCAUGUUGCACUUUAGUGGGGAGCCCAGAAGGUUGAGCACUGGCUUCCUGUAGCUUGAGUCCCUAUAGAUAGCCAUGGUGGCAGCCUGAUGGCUUGUGUGAAGCAGCUGCAGCUGCUAUCAGUGGUGCACCUGUGUGCAGUUCCUAGAGUCAAAUUGCCGGCCUGAUGAUGACAUCACAAAGAUGUGUUCUGUUCAACUUUGCCUUGGUAAUUAUUGUAAACACUUUGUUCAAUUUUUUUUCUUUUUUAUUCACAAACUAAAUCCAUCAGGAAAUUAUAAACUUAUUUAAAAACUG